CAAUAUGUGUGGCGAAAAAGGUGAUAAUUCUAGCUAACGUAAAUCCGUGACAUCGUGAAGCGACCGGAAGCGACACGUCAACCACACGGAAGAACUGCGCACAUCCAACCAGACACUGUAUUGGUGCCUCGAGGGCUGCGGUUUAAAGCGAAAUGGGUGGUUUCUUCUCCAGUCUCUUCUCUGGCCUCUUCGGCACCAGGGAGAUGCGGAUCUUGAUCCUGGGUUUGGACGGUGCUGGAAAAACCACGAUCCUGUACAGACUGCAGGUCGGAGAAGUCGUCACGACGAUCCCAACCAUUGGCUUCAACGUGGAGACGGUCACGUACAAGAACCUGAAGUUCCAGGUGUGGGACCUGGGGGGUCAGACGAGCAUCAGGCCCUACUGGAGGUGUUACUACUCGAACACGGACGCCGUCAUCUACGUGGUGGACAGCAGCGACCGCGACCGCAUGGGCAUCUCCAAGUCGGAGCUGGUGGCCAUGUUGGAGGAAGAGGAGCUGAAGAAGGCCAUCCUGGUGGUGUUCGCCAACAAGCAGGACAUGGACCAGGCCAUGACGCCCACCGAAGUGGCCAACGCGCUCGGGCUCCCCGCCCUCAAAGACAGGAAGUGGCAGAUCUUCAAGACCUCCGCCACCAAGGGGACGGGGCUGGACGAGGCCAUGGAAUGGCUGGUGGAUUCCCUCAAGAGUCGGCAGUAAAGAGAAGCUGCCUCUGUUCUGUAAAUACUCCCGACCUUUGACCCCGCUGUGUGAAGCCUUGCUUUGGCCCCUCCUGUGAUGUUUUCCUUUGGACCAGUGGGGGGGCUCCUGGGACCGAGAAGAGGCGGCGGGAACACCUGAACCGACGUUCCCGCCUCUGAUCCGUCUCAUAGAAGACUCAGAGGUUCUGGAGGAUUUUGUUGCAUCAGGAAUCACUAAAUCUCUGAAGUUCCUGGUGGGAAACGUUGCUUUACGUCAGCCGGGGACUUUGCCAAAUUUGUAAACUGUCAUUUACUUCAGAGAGACAACAGGUUUCCUGCAGCUUUGUGUUCUUCUUCCCUUUGAUUGAAAAUCUUUGAGUUUGGGAUUCUUCUCCUGCUGAUUCCUUCAUGCAGAUCCAGCGUGUGAUCAGUUCUAGAAACACUAACUGUUGUCUCAGUUUGAUGUUUGUGUAUUUAUAUCUGCCUGUACAGUCAAACCAUUUCUCAGUAAAGAAUUAGACAACA